UGUAACUCGACGCAGUUGGUUUACUUCUGGUUUCGUGGUCAUGCAAUUGAUUAGCUUACAUUUAGUUUUUGAUGACGUUUGUCUUCAUUCGUGACAAAAUGUUUUAUUUAAUAGCCACAAUUGUAGCCGCAAUGCUGUUCAGUUCGGAGGUUUUUGGGAAAACUGUGACGGGACUUUUUAAGACUGAAGCUGCAAGAAAACAGAAUGGACAGUUCAUCACUAAAUUCAUGUACCAAGGUGAUAAUGGUCUACUGGUCUGCAGGCUGGACAAUUCUGGUUUGGCUGCAGAAAAAGAGUCUAAACUGCUGCUCUAUCAGGAUAUAGACAAAGACGUGGACAACCUGAGCUGCACUGAGAGGCUUGCUCAAGCCCACCUGACCAUCUCUCUCAGUCAAGAUGAACACAACCAGAGCAUCCCUCAUCAGUCCUCCCCCACAGCCUGGCAGGCCUUGUAUGCUGACAGAUAUACAUGUCAGGAAGGUGCAGUGAAUCCUGCUUAUGCUGAUGUCACAUUUACAAUCUUGCUGUUAAAUGCAGACUCAGCCGGAAACCCUCUCGAUCACUUCAGUGCAGAGGAGGCAGGUCUUCAUAGUUUUUACUUCAUCCUGCUGCUGGCCUACUUUAUAUCCUGCUGUAUCUACAUUCAGCCGCUAUCCCAAGCUCUGAAGAAAGGCGGGCCAAUGCACACAGUUCUUAAAGUGCUCACAACAGCGCUGGCACUACAGGGCAGCUCUGCUCUCUGCAAUUACAUUCAUUUGGCCAGGUAUUCCAGGGAUGGUGUUGGAAUUCCACUGAUAGGCAGCCUGGCAGAGUUCUGGGAUAUGGCGUCCCAGGUGUCCAUGCUGUACAUGUUGUUGAGUCUGUGUGUGGGCUGGACUCUGAGUCGAGGCAGGAAGCCUCAGUCCAGACCUCUGCAGUGGGAACAGACUCCGAUGUCCACGGCUGUCGCUGUGGGUGGAGUCGUGACACAGGGGGUGUUGUUGCUGUGGGAGCAGUAUUCAGAGUUGGAAGGGGAACACCACAGUUACCACGCUCACCAAAGUGUGGCUGGUCUACUCCUCAUGGCUCUGAGAGUGGGCCUGGCUUUCCUGCUGGCCUCUGUCCUAUACCAAAUCAUUUCUACUGAGAGGAGCACCUUAAAGAGAGACUUCUACCUCAGCUUUGCUAAGGGAUGCUUCCUGUGGUUUCUCUGUCAUCCAUUCCUUGUCCUCACAUCUGUUGUCUUCAAUGAGCAUCAGCGAGAGAAGGUGGUAACCAUUGGUGUGAUCCUUUGUCAGUCCAUCUCCAUGGUGAUUCUGUACCAGCUCUUCUUGUCUCGUUCACUCUACUGGGAGGUCUCCUCUCUCUCCUCUGUGUCACUGCCACUCACUAUGUCCAGGACAAAUCACAGAGGGCGCUACUGAGCCCAACUGCUGGCACAAGUGGCGGAAUUAUGGUUCAUGAGGGUCAACAUGUUAGGACAGUGAGACUUUAUCUCCUUCACAUCAGGAGAGGAAGAAUUCACCAAGAACAGACCAGAGAGCCCAGAAGAUCUUUCCUGCGGGGAGCAUAAUGGACAUUAUAACACACUGAGUUUUAUCGAAAGCCUGUGGAAGCAAAGUACGCAUUGCAAAAUGAGCAGGUAUUACAUUAUUUACUGCAACAGCCUACCUCCAGUCACAGUUGCUUUUUUGGCUGGAACACAUGCAACAUGCUGCUGAGCAGACAUUUAAUGCAUGAUCACAUGGAGAACAGGUACGUGCUAUCAAAGGUAAAACACCACUUUAAACCGAUACACUGCAGCUGUGUGGAUCUUUACAACACAAUCCAUCAUCUGCACCGUUGAGAGGUUUCUCAUGUUCAGGUAAACCUCUCUACAGUGCCACAGUUAUAGUCUUUGGCGGAAUUUCGAAUCACAGCACUUGUCACUGCUAAACACAAAGAAUCAUUCCAGCUUUUCUUCUGUUCUCUGAAAGAUGGCAGGAACUAAGUUUGGAAUGUGAGAAGGAUCGGUUUUACACAAAGUUCAAAAAGCACAGCUGUCAUUUGGUGCAUUCUCAUUGUUUGGGGGGUUGUGUACAAAGAAGAUGCUGGGUGGAAUCUGUCAUGAAAGUGACACAAAACUCCAAGGUGAAUAAAACAAACCAAAAAAAAAAAAAAAA